UUUUGCUCCGUGCCCGGGUGCAGUCUGCCCCAUGGCCCCCGAGAUGGACCAGUUCUACAGGUCCACCAUGGCCAUCUACAAGAGCAUCAUGGAGCAGUUCAACCCCGCCCUGGAGAACCUGGUGUACCUGGGCAACAACUACUUGCGGGCCUUCCACGCUCUGUCGGAGGCGGCCGAGGUGUACUUCAACGCCAUCCAGAAGAUCGGGGAGCAGGCCCUGCAGAGUUCCACGUCGCAGAUUCUGGGUGAGAUCUUGGUGCAGAUGUCGGACACCCAGCGACACUUGAACUCCGACUUGGAGGUGGUGGUGCAGACCUUCCACGGAGACCUGCUGCAGCACAUGGAGAAGAACACCAAGCUGGACAUGCAGUUCAUCAAAGACAGCCGCCAGCACUACGAGAUCGAGUACCGCCACCGAGCUGCCAACCUGGAGAAGUGCAUGUCCGAGCUGUGGCGCAUGGAGCGAAAGAGGGACAAGAAUGUGCGGGAGAUGAAGGAGAGCGUGAACCGGCUGCACGCGCAGAUGCAGGCCUUCGUGUCCGAGAGCCAGCGGGCAGCCGAGCUGGAGGAGAAGCGGCGCUACCGGUUUCUGGCCGAGAAGCACCUGCUGCUUUCCAACACCUUCCUGCAGUUUUUUGGUCGGGCCCGGGGGAUACUCCAGAACCGCGUGCUGCUGUGGAAGGAGCAGUCGGAGGCCAGCCGCAGCCCGUCGCGCGCCCACUCGCCAGGGCUCCUGGGCUCGGUGCUGGGGCCGCCCUACCCCUCGGGCCGCCUGACGCCCACCCGCCUGGACAUGCCCCAGAGGCCUCUGGGAGAGUUCAGCUCCCCCCGCAGCCGGCACGGCUCCGGCUCCUACGGCCCCGAGCCCGCCGAGGCGAGGACCGCGUCCCAGCUGGAGCCUGACCGCCGGUCCCUGCCCCGAACGCCGUCUGCCUCCUCGCUCUACACCAGCGGCGCCCAGCGCUCGCGCUCCAACUCCUUCGGUGAGCGCCCGGGCGGGGCGAGCGGCGGGGGCGGCGGCGGGGGCGCCCGGAGAGUCCGCGCCCUCGUCUCCCACUCGGAGGGCGCCAACCACACGCUGCUGCGCUUCUCGGCCGGAGACGUCGUGGAGGUGCUGGUGCCGGAGGCCCAAAACGGCUGGCUCUACGGGAAGCUGGAGGGCUCGUCCACGAGUGGCUGGUUCCCCGAGGCCUAUGUGAAGCCCCUGGAGGAGGUGCCCUUGAACCCCAUGAAUGCCUUGAACCCCAUGACCUCCAUGAGCCCUAUGAAUGCCCUGAAUCCUGUGACCUCCAUGAACCCCAUGAACCCCAUGAACGCCAUGAACCCCAUGAACGCCAGGUCCUACCCACUCCGGGGCAGCCAUAGUCUAGACGACCUCCUGGACCGGCCAGGCAACUCCACCGCCGCCUCCGAGUACUGGGACGGCCAGUCCCGCUCCCGCGCCCCAAGCCGGGUCCCGAGCCGCGCCCCCAGCCCUGCGCCUACACCCCUGCCUGGCAGCCGCCGAAGCAGCAUGGGCAGCAUGGGGGUGGCCAGCGACGUCAAGAAGUUUAUGACCUGGGAGCAGCACCCCCCGGAGCUCUUCCCUCGGGGCACAAACCCCUUUGCCACCGUCAAGCUGCGUCCCACUGUCACCAAUGACCGCUCGGCGCCCCUCAUCCGCUGAG